AUGAGCAGCCAGCGUGUCCCAAUAGAGCCACAGCGUGUAGACGCGCCGCUCACACAAUGCGCCACAUUCCUCGUGGUAUCAGUAACCAACAAGCCCGACGCAAUUGAAACCGUGCAAUCGACAUUAUCAGGCCUAGAGAGUCUAGCCAAAAAUGUCUCUAUCCGGGACCUUGGCGCUCAAUUUGCUUGCACUGUCGGCAUAGGAAGUGAAAUCUGGGAUAAGCUCACAGGCCUCCCCCGACCCGCUGAGCUACAUCCAUUCCGUGAGAUCAAAGGCGUAAAACACACAGCAAUCUCCACGCCGGGUGACUUGCUCUUCCACAUCCGCUCUGAACGUCGCGAUAUUUGCUUCGAGUUUGAGCGCCAACUGAUGGACCAACUCGGAAGUUCUGUCAACGUCAUCGACGAAACAGUCGGCUUUCGCUAUUUUGAUGUACGCGACCUCCUCGGAUUCGUGGAUGGAACAGCCAACCCCGUCGGACCGGCAGUUCCAUCUUCAGUUCUUGUCGCAGAAGAAGAUGGCCAUGCUUCAGGUGGAAGCUACAUCGUUGUGCAGAAAUAUACACAUGAUCUACCUGCAUGGAAAGAUCUCUCGACAGAGCAACAGGAGAAGAUUAUCGGCCGCACGAAGAUCGAUAAUGUUGAGCUCGAUGAUGCAGAGUCUGGACAGCGCUCACAUAAGACGCUUAGUACAAUUGAAGAUGAGAAUGGGAAUGAGCAUGGUAUCCUUCGGGAUAAUAUGCCGUUUGGAUCGCCGGGGUCGGGCGAGUUUGGGACUUACUUCAUUGGGUAUACGCGUCGCUUGUGGGUCAUUGAGAAGAUGCUAGAGAAUAUGUUCUUAGGCGAUCCGCCUGGGUUGCAUGAUCGUCUUCUUGACUUUUCGAGGCCGCUUACUGGUACGACUUUCUUUGCGCCUUCAGCUAGUUUGUUGGCUGGGUUGGGGUCUGAUUGA